UACAUAUUACAUUUAACUCUCUUUAAAAAGAUAUCAUUGAUUAUCCUCCCAAUAUAAAUUUAAGCAAACGCUCAUUUUCAUUCUCGUAACCGCUCACUAAAUCUCCGACUGCGCUUCCUUCCAUCACAAACCGCCAUGGCAACCAUAACUCCUCCGCUCUUCCUUACCCUUCUCUUCUUCUUCAUCUUCUCAGGUAGCAUAAUAUUGGAACCCGCAAAUGGACAAGCACCUACACAGCAAACUUGGUGUGUGGCAAAGCCUUCGGCUUCUGAUGUAGAACUUUAUAAUAACAUGUAUUACGCUUGCAGUUUUGUGAACUGCGAUGUGAUACAUCCACAAGGUGCUUGUUAUGAACCUCAAGUUCUCAUCAACCAAGCUUCGGUUGUCAUGAACUCGUACUACCAAAAACAAGGAAGAAACUACUGGAAUUGCGACUUCAACAAAUCUGCUCUCAUUACCAUUGUCGACCCAAGCUAUGGGAAUUGCAAGUUUGACUCGCAGUAGGUGUUUAUAGUUUAAUUAAUAUGUGGUUUGGUAAUAAGAGCGAUGUCUUGAGGCUCAUCCAUUGUUGUGUUUUCAUUAGUUGAUGAUUGAUAUUACAACAGUUUCAUGUGUUUCUUGUUACUCAUGGUUAUUGUUAUUCAUCAAUCGAUUUCAUAAUUGUGAUU